CCGGCGCCUGGGCAGAGCCUUCAAGAAGCUGGACUGCUGCAGUGUUAUGAUUUGCUGUUGAACACCUACUGCUUUUCCCCCCAGAGCUGGCUGCACUUGAGUACUGGGUGAAGUGAGCUGCACUUCGGGAUAAGUUCUCUGGUACCUACACAGGACAUAUCCAGACCCGAGAACCAGGCUUUCUGUGGUGUCUCAUCCAAAGUGGCUGUGCCUACAUCUCAGGAGAUGCCCUUGAAGUCAUCAGUGCAAGGGUCCUACGAUCAUAGAAAAGUAGGGCUCGAAGGGCCCUCAGAAGAUCGCUUAGUCCAGCCCCACGCUCAAGACAGGAUUGUCCCUGAUUAAACCAUCCCAGUAAAGUGUUUGUCUAACUUGGUCUUAAAACUUUUAAGGGUGGAGAUUCCACAACUUCUCUGUAUAGUCUGUACCAAUGUUUAACUAUCCUUACAGUUAGGAAGUUCUUCCUAAUAUCCAAUCUAAAUUUCCUUUGUCACAAUUUAAGAGCUUUGCUCCUUGUCCUGUCCCCUGUGGCCACAGAGAACAGUCUGUCUCCAUCUUCUUUAUAAUUCCCCUAAUUGUUAUUGAAUCUCCCUCAGUUUUCUUUUCUCUAGACUAAAAAAAUCCUAGUUCUUUCAGCUUUUUUCAUAAGUCAUGUUGCCCUCUAAUCAUUUUGUUGCUCUCUGCUAGACUCUUUGUAGUUUCUCCGCAUCUUUCUUGAAAUGUGGGGCCCCAAACUGGACACAGUACUCCAGGUCUGACAGAAGAUGAAGAUAUCAAGGUGAUGCUGAAGGGUUCCCUCCUGUGGAAGAUCAAGUCACACAGGGGGCAGAAGGAACGGCUAUACCGCCUGCAGGAGGAUGGGAUGACCAUCUGGUUUGAGAGCCGCUUUCAACGGGCUCAUUCCAAGCAGAUCUUCUCCAUCGUGCACAUUGAAGGUGUGCGUGAGGGCUACCAAUCAGAGGGCCUCCGCAAGUAUGGCAGCUCCUUCCCUGAGAAGCACUGCUUCACCAUUGUCUUCAAGGGCAAGCGGAAGAACCUGGACUUGGCUGCCCAGCGUGAGGAGGAGGCCCAGACGUGGGUGCGGGGCCUGAACAAACUUAUGGCCAGAGUGAAAGCCAUGAGCCAGAGAGAGAAACUUGACCACUGGAUCCAUGACAUUCUGCGCCAGGCUGAUAAGGACAAAGACAACAAGAUGUGCUUCAAGGAGAUCAAGAACAUGCUGAGGAUGAUCAACAUUGAUAUGAAUGACAUCUAUGCCCACCAGCUCUUCAAGGAAUGUGACAAGUCCAACAAUGACCGGCUGGAGGAGCAUGAGAUUGAGGAGUUCUGCACCCGGCUGAUGAAGCGGCCUGAGCUGGAUGAUAUCUUCUACCACUACUCGGGCGAGGACUGUGUGCUGUCGGUUGAGGAGCUGGUGGAGUUCCUGCAGGACCAGGGGGAGAAGACCAAUCUGGCUCAUGCCCGCAGGAUCAUCCAGACUUACGAGCUCAAUGAGAAAGCCAAGCAGCAAGACCUCAUGAUGCUGGAUGGGUUCAUGAUGUACCUACUCUCUGCUGAUGGCAACAUCCUGAACCAGGAGCACACCAGGGUCUACCAGGACAUGAACCACCCUCUGUGCCACUACUUCAUCUCUUCUUCCCACAACACCUACCUGACUGACAACCAGAUUGGGGGACCCAGCAGCACGGAAGCCUAUAUCAGAGCAUUAAUGAAGGGCUGCCGCUGCGUGGAGCUGGACUGCUGGGAGGGCUCCAAUGGUGAACCUGUCAUUUACCAUGGCCACACUCUGACUUCCAAGAUCCUCUUCCGGGACGUCAUUGAGAGCAUCCGGGAUUAUGCUUUUAAGCAAUCCCCAUACCCUGUCAUCCUCUCCCUGGAGAACCACUGUGGGCUGGAGCAGCAGGCAACCAUGGCUCGGCAUAUGAAGACCAUCUUGGGGGACAUGCUGCUGACCGAGACGCUGGAUGGGCAGGUCCCUAGGGUGCUCCCAUCACCAGAGCAACUGAAGGGGAAGAUCCUGGUGAAAGGGAAGAAACUGCCGGACCUGAGGGGUGACCUCGAGAACCUGAGUUUUCUCUCUGACGAGGAGGAGGAGGAGGAAGAGGAGAGGGAUGGCCGCAGGUCAUCGCAUUCACUGCAGGACAUCAAACCAUUGCAGGCCAAGGAUGCCUCGCAGGUCUCCCAGGAGCUCUCUGACAUGGUGGUGUACUGCAAGGCCGUCCCCUUCCUUGGCCUGGAGCACGCACUCAGGAACCCCCAGGCCCAUGAGGUGUCAUCCUUCAAUGAGAGGAAGGCCAGAAAGUACAUUAAGGAGUCAGGGAACGCCUUUGUCCGCUACAACGCCCAGCAGCUGAGUCGCAUCUACCCCGCGGGGCUCAAGAUGAACUCUUCUAACUUCAACCCCCAGGAAAUGUGGAACGCUGGCUGUCAGCUAGUGGCUCUCAACUUCCAGACUCCUGGCUGCGAGAUGGACCUGAAUGAUGGGCGCUUCCUAGAGAAUGGGUGCUGUGGCUAUGUGCUCAAGCCCAGAUUCCUGUGCAAUGGCCAGAGCACCUUCCAACCCGAGGCCCCAUUGCAAGGGUCCAGCCAUAAGUCCAUCAUGCUGAUGAUCAAGGUGAUCAGUGCCCAGCAGCUCCCAAAGCUGAACAAGGAGAAGAAGAACUCCAUUGUGGACCCCUUUGUGCGUGUGGAGAUCCAUGGCGUCCCCAUUGACUGUGACAAGAAAAAUACAUUGUACAAGAUCAACAAUGGCUUCAAUCCUUGCUGGAAUGAGAAGCUGACCUUCCAGCUGCGGGUGCCAGAGCUGGCGCUGGUGCGCUUCGUGGUGGAGGACUAUGACAACACUUCCUCCAAUGACUUUGUGGGGCAAUUCACCUUGCCCGUGAACAGCAUGAAGGAAGGAUAUCGCCACAUCCACCUGCUGUCCAAGGAUGGGGCUUCCCUGUCACCAGCAACUCUUUUUGUGCACGUUAAAUUUAAAUGGCUGUGAGCAUGAGGGUGCAGGGUCACUGCCCUGGCCUGUGCUGUCAUCUUUCAGCGUCCUCAGCUGGGCAGGUGCUGAGUCCCAGACCUGAGCCAAAGGACGAGCCUGGAGGCAGAUGGAACUGCAUGGACUGAUCCUCUGGUCUCAGCUCUGCCAUACACAGGGCCAGAGAGCUUGCUGCUGCUAAUGCUGCUGAGCACUGGCUCAGCCCUCAAACCAGGGGAACAAGCUGAGGAUGAUUACCAAGCUCCGGGCGCUUCCCCGUGAUUGCAUCGCAGCCCAUGCUCUGCUUCUCUUUUCUCUGAAAGGAAGUUGCUGCCUCUUCCUGUCCCCAGAGCGCUGUGAAGAACAGGCAUGAGGAGAGCAUCUGGGCCUGCCGGGUGCUGUGGGCCAGCACAACCUCCCACCACGCCCGUCUGUCAAGCACAGAGUACUUACCCCUUGCUAUUGCUAUCAAUGAUUCACACGCUCCAAGAUACCUUGUGCAGGACUCAUACGAACAGGCGUGCACAGAGAUACAGUCUAGUCCAGCUACUGGGAGGAUAUGGUGGGUGAGUGAGAAGGGGCAAGGGCCCCCUUGCUGGCAUUGGCAGAGGCUGCUGGGAGUUUGCUGUCAUUGGCUCAGUGCCUAGCCCUGAGCUGAACCCCUCAGCAGGUGCCCUGGGUGAGCACGGUUUCAAUACAGAAGGGAGCAGGGCCCAUCCAUUCUCCUGCCACACACACAUGCAGCCCCAGGCUAGGUUCAGGAAGGACUGUGCCCAUCCUCUGGCUUCAUGGCAUCUUGGUGGUUUAUGCAGGGUGUUCCAGUCACUCUCGUUGUUAAAAGGAGAGGGGGCCGUGGUACCUCAUGGGAAGAACCCUGCUAUGCAUAUGGAUAGGGUAGCUUAUCCCAUUCCAGGCUGCUGCUUUAGGGGCAAGUGGGGGUAGGUAGUUUAAAGGGAAUUGGGAUCAUGCAAGGAGCUGAGCCUCCGGUGCUGACACUUCCAAAGGGGCCUUGGGGAGUCUGGUGCCCAGCGCUCAUGGACAGUCAGUGAGAGUUGGGCACAUCGAGUCCCCUUGGCUAAUCCCAUCCUUCCUGGACUGGGCAAGCAGGAGGCUUUGCCUCUUCAGAGGCAUGAUGUAUUUCUAGUCGCAGCCUUAUCACCCCUUUGAAGAGUGAAUGUACUGGGGAUGGCUUCUUCCAGAAUACCGGGUUGCAUGUGGGAUCCUGCUGGAGAUGACCAGCAGCGAGUUAGCCACCCUUGGUGCAGGAGAUCCUUUUCAAAGCCACUGUGCAGAGUAGUGCUGUGGUCAAAAACAGGUGGGUCUUUAGGGAGACAUCAGUGUCAUCCAGGCUCUGCCCACAGAUGUACCACUACCCUGCUCCAAGGCACCACAAGAGCAUGCCACCUUGUUAGACCAGCAGAGGAGGUAACAAUGGAAUUGUGGGAAAACAGGGACACAAGGGAACCCAGGAGGGCAUCUUAGCCAACCCAGCAGAGGCUCAAAGCAGGAUCAUCCCUGUCUAAAAUCCUCUCAGCAAAUUGCGCUGCUGACCAUUAGGCUUCAGAGUCCAUGCAAACCUGGGAUAAAUAGGCUUGUUCAUACCUCUGAGACCUGAGGUUUCUCUCACACUUGGCUCAGGAGUUGAGGCCCCAGACUUAAGACCAAAUAUUCCAGAAGCCUCUAGUGGAUUCAGAGUUCCCAACUUGAUGCUCCUUAAAGGGGCCCAAUUUUCAGAAAGUCCUGGGCGCACAACCUCUGGAAAUUUGUCCCCUUCAGGGUACCUCGGGGUGGACCUCAGAGUCACAGGUCACUGGUGAGGUCCCUGUGAACACCUGCCAGCACUCCAAUGAGCAGUUAUCUGCUUCCAGCUAUGCAAUGAGCCAGCUCUGCAAUCCUUCGGUCAUGUGUGCCACGCUCCUGUUGUGCACGGGGCUCUGGUCUGGAGGCUGUGUCUGGGAGGAAGUGCUGAGUGAUGGGCUCGUUCAGUGAUUCUCAGUCAGGCUGCUGGGGAACCCUGGGGUGCCUUGAGAUCCUUUCAAGGGUGUGCUGCACAAUAUUAAUACUCUGAAGUGUGCCAACAUUUACACAUGCUUCACAAGAUAAACCCAGACAUUUCGAAUAGGAAUCCAUAGUGUCACAUAGUGACCUGCUGUGAUCUUCAAGGCAGAAGAAUUGCUCUAUUAUUUUUCCAUAGUCAAGCAAAUUAGUACAAGCAAAGAGCUGACAUUUUCUGAGAAGCACCUUGAGUUGGUCAAGGGCACUUCAGGUGUGAAAAGGUUGAGCACCUCUGGGCUAGAUGCACAAGAGGAUGCGGGUGCCUGAGGUCAAAGUUCAUUCUAACCUCCCACACAGCUGCCACCUCUCCCUGGAGGAGCCUAAGUUUCUACCUGCACCUAAACACCUGCUGCUGGUGUCAGCAGAACUGCCAACAUCCAGACAACAUAAAGCACCUCAGCACCAGGAUCACAGGUCCAAGCAGCAUCCACAGAUGAAGCACCCUUUGCUUAUUCUGCCGUGGGGCUGGUAUUCUUGGGGCACAUGUACCUACAGACAAUGCAAACAGAAGGAGCAGCAGCCUCUUAUUCUAGGCUCCGUGGGUUAGAGCAGUCCCCUAGGUGGCAGGAGCUGUGGGUUCCCGUCACCCCUGGCAGAGAUGGGAUUUGAACGUGCAUUUCCUAUGUCUGGAGUGGGUGCACCCCAUGCCAUGCUGUGCAUCUGAGUGGCUUCUCCUCCAGGCUGUAAAUCCUGCAGGGGAAGGUGCCUCCUGCAGGCAAGCUUUUGUGGAUCCUGUUCUGAGGUACCAUCUCUCCCUGUUUUAUGCACUGGGAGCCAGGUCACCUACUUCAGGACAAUAAGCCACAAGGUGCCUUGAUGCAAGGUGUGGUGGCACUGAACACUGCAACACCAUCCUGUAGCAGGUCCAGCCCAAGGGUCCUCAGAAAUCGGCCAACAGUAUCCUGGUGCGACUUCACCCAGGGGCAAGGGAGUGGACCUGGUCAUUUUAAAAAGCCUCCUCCUUGCUCCUCAGCCCUGCUAGCAGAAGCCAGAAGCCCAGCCUGCCUCAGUGCAUCUCCUUUAACCGCUUUCCAGUUAAGCCUUCAGUACCUACUUCAUCCCUUGAGCUGAGCUGCUGGGAGUUGAAGGAGCCUUUUGCUAUAGUACAGCCUGUCUCAAGGCUUAGGGGCCUGAUGUAGAGGACAAGGAACACCUAGCUGGUUUUUUGUUUUGUCUUGUUUUUAACAGUGUUGUAGCGAGAAGGGUAUGUUCAAAUCUUUAUAAUAUAUUGUAAAGCCAUUAUAAUAAAAGUUUAUUUUAACACA